GGCCAACAAAACCAUAUAUAUAUAUAUAUAACCAAAUAUUAUUGAAGGUAUCUAUCUAUAUUUUCAACAUUAAUAGCAUAAACCCUACCCUUCAUUCUCACCAUUUUUUUUUCACCAAAGUGUAUAGCAUGGCUUCUUCUUCUCUACUUCAAUUAAAUUUCUUCUUGUCAAAAUCAAGAUCACAUCCCAAGGGAUGGAAUACACGCCGGAAUCGGAAUCGGAAUCUUCGAGUAAUAAAAGUUCAGAAAUAUCACGAAGAAGGGAGUUCUACAAAUAUGGUGGAUGCUAAUUUGAAAGUUCUUAAGGAGAGGAUAGAGAUGGUGAAGGUGAAGGAGAAACUAGAAAGGAGUUGCAAAUGUCAACAAGGGUGGAACUAUUAUCAAGUUUCUGAUGAUAAUUAUCUUUGUCAAAAAAUCAAAGGAAACAAUAAUAAAGAGUUACACAACUUGAUUGAAUUGACAUGUUUAGUUUGUGGGACUAUUGGUUCCACAUGUUUUGGUGGAACACUAUUGCUUUAUCUUGUUUCUCUCCUUCUUCAUCAUCUUCAACUAUGAUUUUAUUAAGGUAGAAACUCAGGUGCAGUCGACUUGUUGAUAUUUGAGAGCCGUUAAAUGAUUUGAUUGAUUUGACUAAAUUUUCAUCUAACGACUCUCAGAUAUAACUUCACAUCAAGUCGACUUCACCUGAAUUUUCACCU